CGGGCGGGGCCAGGCUCAGGCGGCUAGCCAGUCGCGCUGCUUCCGUCAGCUAGAAGGGUCCCGGAAGUGCCGAAGUCCUGUCCGGAAGUCUGGAGCUUGUGUUUCCUUCUCGGACUCAGCUGUCAGGUUGCUUGUCUUGGGCGCAACCUCCAGGCUCCUCGACAGUAGCCGCCCCUGGCGGGGCUUGGGGAGGGGGCGUGAGCCAGAAAAAGGCCCCUUGUGGAGCGAGCUCAGCCCCGAGCCGGAAGCCACCCUAACAGCCCCUUUUUCGGUUGGGGAAACCGAGGCCAGCCUUUAUGGGGCUUUGUGGGCCUGUGGGCCUCCCGGUCCUCCUUUAACAAAUGGGGAGACUGAGGCCACCCAGGGAGCCCUGGUGCAGCCUUAAAGGCCUGAAAUGUGUGACACCCCUUCCUACAGAUGGGGAAACAGGCCCCCUCUUUCCCCACCUGGAACAGCCUUCAAGGCCUGAAAUAUGUGGAUUCCACCCCUCCCCCCUUAUAGAUGUGAAACAGGCCCCCCUAGAAGACCUGGAGCAUCCUUUAAGCUUGCUCAGUUUCGACAAAGAAAGACAAAAGGCGACAGUCCGGGUUCGAAGAAAAAGGCGUCGAAGAGGAAGAGCUCGACUGUCCAUGAGGCUGUCCAGGAGAAGGAGGAGGAGCGUGCGGUAGAGCCCCCGGAGGGCGAGCUCCCUUCCGACGUGGCCCAGAGCGUGGCGGGCCCUGAGCCGGCGGACGGCGUGAGCGGGGCCCCGGAGGCCAAGGCCGAGAGAGGGCUUUCCAGUUUGGGAACACCGAAGAGUUCAAUUCCUGAGCUAAUCGUGCAGGGACCAGGACUCGAAGACAACACGCCGUCCUUGGCUACAGAGCCCAGGGCUCAGGAGGCCACGAUUAAGAUGCUGGAAGAGAAACUCGUGGACAAGCAGGAAGACAUCGACCUCCUGAGUCAGGAGGUGGGCGAGCUUCAGGCUCAGCUGGCCCAGUGCUCGGAGGCCGCUCAGCUACAGCAGGAAUUAGAGAUGGCAGUCCAGGAAAGAGACAGGAUCAUUGUCCAACUGACCAGUAACCUUCAGCUGGUGAGACAGAACCACGAGGAUGACCAGCAGGAAGUGCUACUCUUGGCCAGUCAGAUUCAAGGGUUACAACUUCAGUUACAAGAGAAUAGCGAGCUCCUGAAGAGCAAGACGCCAGCCAAAGGAUGCUUGUCCCAGAGCCAGCUCCAGGCAGCGGCUUCUCUGCAGGGCCCUCGAGAGCCAAAUCCUCCCUCACAGGGAUGGGAUCUGGAAAAGCUGCCAGCAUCAUCACAGAAGAAUUUCAAAGAGAAAGAGGCUGCGUUUGCCCAAAUGGAAGAACAUGGGAAAAGUGCCAGUCAGCAACCGUCACAGGUGGUCAGCGAGAAGGAAGGGAUGAUCAGCAGCCUCCAAGACCAGUUAGGCCUUGCUGGCAAUGCUGGAGCUUCAGCCCAACAUGCCCUGUCUGUGAAGAGUUCCAAAGUCAUAGAGUUAAAACGGGAAAAACAAGACUGCAUGGAGGAGUCCCAAGUACCUCCCCCAAGGGAGGCUUGUGGGCCACUGCUGCAGAACCUGGGGGAUGAGCUGGGAGAGACAUGUGAGCUGGGGGUCGCAGAGGCAAGAAAGGCUUAUGGAGACACGGAUGGGAAAUCCUGGGGUGCCAGUCCAGUGCCAGGCCUGAGAGGCAGCGAGCAGCAGAGCCUUGGUGGACUUGGCAUCGAUUUCAGUAGUCAGUUCUUAGAGCUGGCUGCGUGUGCCAUGCCCGAGAGCCACAGGGCAACUUUUCAGGAGGAAAGAAAUGGAGCAGAGCACUUGGAGAAUGAUGACCACAAGAAAAGAAAACUUCCUUCUGCAGAGAAAAUCGUGGAGGAAGCUUUGGCCUCGAAGGGUGAUGACGAGAUACAAAACUUACUCAACUUCCAUGUCCGGGAAUCGAAUGAGAAGAUGCUGCAGGAGACAGAAAACAGUGGAGAGCUACGACUGAAGCAUGGCAUGACACUGGGCCAGGCAAACUGGGAGGAGAGAACAUUACUAGGGCAGAAAGCUGAACUUCAGGGGAUGCCAAGGAAGUUAUGCCUCAGGCCAAGAGAGUCAGAUCGCCAUGAAGUGGGAUGCCGAGAUGGUCUCCAAACGUGCUGUUUAAAUUCUGAAGAAGAAAACCCAAGUUUAGAACUUGGUGAGCAUGAGGAUGACCAGCUUGAAGUUGGAAGCCUUCAGGAUGAAGUGUCAUCAGAGGAAUCGAGGAUGGAGGAAACCAGGGACUUGAUGGAAAAAUAUCUGGUCUCUACUGAACGCGAUCAAUCACGUGUAUCUGAGGCACCUGACCAUUUUGAUCUAGAAACUGCUUUACAGAGAAGAUCUGAGAGAGAGAGUCUGGACUUCCUAUCAGACGAGCUCAUUAUUGGCUUGGAUGGAAACAUAGAUUCAAAUGUUUUGUUUGAAGGAAAUUCUGUGCAAGUAGAAUCAUAUGCUGCGCCAUGGACGGACAGGCAGGAGCCCAGUGGCUUUUCUCAAGGUGACUUAAGUGAGAUCCUUGAGCUAAUGGAUAAAGACAAGGCUUACUUGAUGCAGAGAUGUGUGAAGUUAAGUCAUCUUCUUAGGGAGAAGGAAUUGGCACUGAAGACUUUCUCCCAGGAAGUGGAGGAGGAGGUGGCUGAGGAGAGGUGGUGGGAGGGUAAACACAGACUUCUGAAUGUACUGAGCCAGGAGGGGGGAGGUUCCUGUGAUGAGAUUGUACCGAGGCUGAAAGGAGAGGAACAUAUCAAACUUGGGACUACAGCUGGUGGCAUAACAGAUUUAGCAGGCUGGGCUUCAGUCACUCACCAGCCUCAUUGCCAUGUGAUGGAUGAGGUCUCUCAGAAGGAAGAGGGGGGACGAUCAGGGAAAAUAGCCUCUGCCUCAGUGGGUCUCGAGGCUCUGUGCAGCCAGGAGGAGAAUAGACCACCAGGCCAACUCCGUGUCCACAAACCCAGAAGCCACAUGCCUGCUGGGUGUUCGAGUCAGAAAAUCACUCUGGAAGAAUCUCUGCUGCAAGAGGUGGAGACCCUGAAGGCCGAGAUGGCCAUUAAGGAAAACCUGUUUACGCAAGUUGUCGAAGAGAAAAAUACUUUGGAAGAAAAGUUCACUAAAGAUAGGGAAAAUCUUGAGGAAAACAUACUUGAACUGAUCGAGAAAAUUAAGUGCUUGGAAAAAGGACUGGGCCAUGAAAAAGUAGGAUUUGCUGGGAAAUCUACAUCUGUUCUUUCAGAGGAUCAGAAACUUGAUGCUAAAAGAAAGGUACAAGAAUCUGAUUUCCUAUCAACAGAAAAUAGCCCAAUUCAGCAAACGAUUUCCUUGAAAAAUGCUCAGGUUGAGCCGGAGUGGCUGCUCCAAGAGGAGGCGCAGAAAGCCACGUGUGCUCUGGAGGACGUCCGGUCUGAGCUGAGCAGCUACCAUGAAAAGCAGAUGAGUCAGAUGAAACAUCAGCAUGAGCAGGAGAGAACAGAACUGAGGAGAGAGCACCAGAAAGAGGUGGAGGCCACACGCAAAGAGAUGAAAGAAAAGUUGGAAGAACAGCAGCAGAGAUGGGAACAAGAGCGGAGAGAACAGAUCAGUGCCAUCAAAAAGAUCCAUGAACGAGAACAUGAUCGUGAGAUCGCGGAGCUGGUUAGUAAACAUAAGGAGGAGAUGACGCAGCUCCGUGACGAACUUCACAGCAAGCACCAGCAGAUGAUGGAGGGGCUGCAGCAACAAAUGCAGGCGUCACAUCGAGCAGAGAUGCAGCAGGCCCAGCUCCAGGCGCAGACUCUCCACACCCUGGAACUGGAGGCCCUUCGCCUGAGCCUGAGCAACAUGCACACGGCCCAGCUGGAGCUGACCCAGGCAAACCUGCGGAAGGAGAAGGAGACGGCUCUGGUGGAGCUGCGAGAGAUGCUUAAUGACAAGCGGGCGCAGGAGCUGGCCCUCCUCCAGAGCCGCCUGCAGUUUGAGCUGGAGCAUGUCAGAGAGCAGCAUCGCAAGGAGAAGGAAGAAAUGGCCUUGAAGCACCAGCAGGAGCGAGCUGACCUGGGAAAAAAGCUGGAACUGCAAGUGGAGACCCAGGCCCGGACGCUCGAGACUCUCAGGGGAGACUGGGCCUCGGAGAGGGACUCGUCCUUGAGGAGGCUGCAGGAGGAGCUGGCCACCAAGCACCAGGCAGAAAUGGAGAGCCUGCGCGGGGCUCUCAGGGCCCAGCUGGCUGAGCAGCAGGCGGAGCUGGACAAGAUGGGCCACGACAAGAGCCAGGCCGAAGCCACUCUGAGGAGCCUGCAAGCCCAGCACCAGCUGGCUCUGCAGGACCUGCGCCAAGAGCUGCAGCUUCAGCACGACCAGUAUUUGGAGGACCUGAACCUGAAAUGCCGAGAAAAGCAGACAGAGCUGGACACCCUUCAAGCGUCCUACGAAGAGCUGAAGGUGCAGUCUCACCGAGAGAUCCAGCAGCUGUGGGCCCAGCUGGAUUCCACGCGGGCCAGUCGCCACGAGCUGAACGAGCUGAAGGAGCAGCUCGUGGCCCGAACGUCCCACGUGGAGGAGUUGGAGCGGCUGAAGCACGGCUUCGAGCAGCGGCAGCGGCAGUGGCGGAACGAGCAUGAGACCGAGCUCGAGCAGCUGCGCGUCUACUUUGAGCAGAAGCUGCGGGAUGCCGAGGAGAGCUACCGCGAGGACCUGCACCUGCUCCAGCAGAGGCUGCGGGAGGUCCGCGAGGACUCCUUCCUCGACUCCGAGGAUGUCAGCCUGUCCGUCGGGUUUGUGGAAGAGGAGGCUGAAAUGGAGAGAAAAGCCCACCUGGAGCAGCUAAUCCUUCAGCUGGAGCAGCACAAGGACGGGAUCGCCCACUUGAGACUACAGCUUGAAGGGAAGCACAGGGAGGAAUCGGCCACAUUAGAGGCCUCUCUGCGGGCUCGUCACGAGGAGGAGGUCCGGAAGGUGAAGGCAGACCUGUCUGAGAAGCACGCUGCCCACGUGGAGGACUUGAAGCAGCAGCACCGCCUGCAACUGGACCAGCUGCGCGGUGGACUCUCCGAGGAACACAGGAAAGACAUCACCAAGCUGCACUUACAGUGUGCUCAGCUUGCUGCCCGCCAGGUGGAGGCAGAGGUAGCAGAGAGGGUCUCGGUCCUAGAAGACGAUCACCUGGCCAGAGUGGCCCAGCUUCAGUCCGAGGAGCAGCUGAUCUCACAACUUCGGGAACAAGUGGACCUUGCGAGGAGGGAAAAUAUGGAACUGCAGGAGAAGGUGCAGCAGGAGGUCCGCCUAAGGGAGGAAGCUGAGAAAAUGAGAUGCAGGCUUGUCAAGGACCACCAGACAGAGAUUGAGAGGAUGAAGGAAGAGAUUCGACAAAUGAUCCAGAAGGACCAGGGCAGAGAGGACGCGUGGCGGGCCCAAAGCGAGGAGAGCUUGGCCGCGCUGGCCCUUGAGCUAAAUGGCAAGGCUGAGCAGGAGCGGCAGGCCCUGCGACAGGCCCUGGAGGCCCAUGUGACGGAGCUGGAGCAGCUGCGCGAUCGACAGGCAGCGGACAUUGCGAGGCUAGAGACGUCUCUGGGGGAGGCUCGGGCCCAGGAGGAGGCCACCGGCCGGCUUCGGGAGGAAUGUGCCUUGGAGCUUCAGGCAAACCGGGCCAGAUUCUUAGAAGAACAGAGAGAGAUGAUGCAGAAAGCCACCGAAAAACAAGAUGUUCUCCUCCGGGAGCUUCAGGAUAAACAUGCCAGUGAACUCCAGAUACAGAGUCAGCAGCUUGAGAAGAGGCACGGGCAGCAGACCGAGGCCUUGACCGCUGAGCUGCAGAGCCAGCAUCUUGAGGAGAUGGAUGCCCUUCGAACUUCCUUACAGGCCCAGCACCAGGCCCAGCUAGAAGCCCGAGAGACUGAGCUGCAGGCCCAGCACCAGGCCCAGCUAGAAGCCCGAGAGACUGAGCUGCAGGCCCAGCACCAGGCCCAGCUAGAAGCCCGAGAGACUGAGCUGCAGGCCCAGCACCAGGCCCAGCUAGAAGCCCGAGAGACUGAGCUGCAGGUCCAGCACCAGGCCCAGCUAGAAGCCCGAGAGACUGAGCUGCAGGCCCAGCACCAGGCCCAGCUAGAAGCCUGGGAAGCUGAACUGCAGGCCCAGCACCAGGCUGAGCUGGAAACCCAUGUGGCUGAGCUACAAGCCCGACACCUAGGCCAGCUAGAAGCCCGUGCAGCUGAGAUGCAGGCUCAGCACCGAGCCCAAGUGGAAGCCCAGGAGGCCGAGCUACAGGACCGGCACCGGGCCCAGGUGGCUGUGCUGCAGGCCCAGCAUGCUUCAGAAACAAGUGGCCUGGAGGCCAAGCACUUGUCAAAUCUGGAUUCUCUGGAGUCCUGUUACCUGUCUGAGAUUCAGACCAUCCAGGAAGAACACAAUCGUGAGUUGGAACAGCUGCAGGCGAGGCUUGAGGAGCAGCUGAGGGAGAAGGACACCCAGUACGAGGAGCUGUUGGCUCAGGAGAAAGAGAAACACCAGCAGGAGCUGCAGCAGGCCCAAGAGAGCCUCAAGAUUGAAAUGACCACUAAACACAUUGAGAAACUGAAAGCUCUGACUGCCCAGCUGCAAGAUGCCCAUCAGGAGGACUUGCAGGCAGCCCUUCACAGGCAGAGGGCUUUGCUGGAGGAAGACCACCACAAGGCUUUGGACAUACUGAGGGAAGAAGUGGUCAGGAUGGAGGAGCAGCACCGCAGCGCCCUGGGCGAACUCAAGGACAUCCACACAGCAGAACUGGGGAAGCUCCAGGAAGAGCUGGGCAGCCUGAGAGCCCAGCACAAGCGGGAUCGGGAGGAAGAGGCCAGAGCAGCAGCUGCACAGAGUGAAGAGGCCAAGCGGCAGCGGGAGCUGCUCUUUCAGCAGGAGAUGGAGCUACUCAAAGGGCAGUCGGAAGUAGUCCUGGCCCAGCAGAUGGCCCAGCUCAAGGAGGAUCUGGAGACUGAGAAGCGAGCUGCCUUACGGGAAGCGGAGGAGCUGUUGGCCCUCGAGAGAGAAAAGGCACAGGCCCUUUGCCAGAGGGAGGAAGCGCUGACUUUGCAGCUGCAGGAGCAGAGUGGCCUCAUUCUCCAGCUGAAGGAAAAAGUCUUGUCCUUAAAUAGUGAAGUAUCAGAGAGUCAUGAGGAGCUGAAAAAGCUUCAGGAGCGGCGUCACCGAGAACAUGAAGAAGGGACAAACCUCCUAUCUCUGCUGAGGUCUGACAUGGACCAUACCCAGAAUGAAAGGAAAACACUGCAGGAAACCAAUCAGUGGCUUCUGAGUCUGUUUGGGGACACCCUGAAAGCCACCAUCGCCAUGAGGAGCCAGAUCAGUAAGAGGAUUGGGAUCUGUCUGGAUGAGGAUUCCUUGAGCAAAGAAAGCAGACCCAUGGGGACGCCAGGACAGUUGGCCCAGGGCGCGUGCCAGCUGCCUGGGGACAUGUCCCCUGAAGGUCCCAUUCCCCCCCUGGACUUUGAUCAGACCAUGCCCGAAUGUGAUGAGACGUUGCUUCCUGAAUGUGAUGAGACGUUGCUUCCUGGGAAUGACAUCAGUUGUCAUGUCCGGGAGAGCUUCUUUCUGAGUCCAGAAGUUACAGUGGAGUGUGAGCAGCCCAUCAGAAGAAUCUAUCAGAGUCUGGGUGCAGCUGUGGACAACCUAUUAGAGAUGACCCUGGACUCCAACAAGCAACUGGAGGAGACCCGAGAACGCCACGCUCGCUUCGAGAAAGAGUUUAACCGUAAAAACGAGGAGACGGCCCAGGUGGCGAGACAGCACCAGGAGCUGAUGGACUGUCUGAACCAAGAGAGCGCUGCCAAGAAUCAGCUGGCCGUGGAGCUCCAUAAAGCGGAGGGUCUCGCGGAGGGGUACAGAGCCGAGAAAGCUGCCCUGGAAGAGGCCCUCGCUCAGAAGGAGGAGUCGGAGCAUCGCCUGGCUGUGGAGCUGGAGAACCUGAAGGCCCAGUUCCAGGCACUGACCCGAGAACAGGCUAAACUGAAGGAGGAGCAGAACCUGUUGUUGAGGCAGAAGGAGAUGCUGAUCGUGGAGGCGGAAGAAAAAGCUGCCGCUUUACGCAAGGAAGUGGAGCACCUGGUCCGAGAACAGGCGGAGACUAGGCAGCAGUCGGAGAAGGACUGUGCCAGCCUGCGCUCUCACCUCAGGGCCUUGGAGCUCGAGGUGGAAGAGCAGCUUCCGCAGCAGCAGGAGCUUGUUCGGCAGGCUGCCGAGAUCCAGGACCUCAGGCAGCAGAUCGUCUCCCUGGACAAGCACCUCCGCAACCAGCGCCAGUUCAUGGAUGAGCAAGCAAUCGAACGGGAGCACGAGCGGGAUGAGUUUCAGCAGGAAAUCCAGAAGCUCGAGGAGCAGCUGAAGCAGCAGCCGCCCAAGAGCCAGCCUUGGGGAGAGCCUUGGGACAGCGAGAGCUUUGAGUUGAAUCCUGAGGUUGAAUCUUUACAAAGACAAUUAAGAGAAAAAAUAGAUGAAUUAAAUGAGUUGGUUAUAAAGAAAGAGCUGGCAGAAAGACAACUCCUAGCCCAAAAAGAUGAAAUCAAAAACCUAGAGGAUGCUAAUGCGGAAAUCCGGAAAAAAGUGAGCUGGCUUGAGGAAGAAUUGGAAAAACAGAAGAAAAUUGGAAAAGAAUUGAGACAGGAUAAAGAGGCCUUGCAGGAGCAGCAGAUGAAUAACUUGAUCCAGAUUUCCACAUUACAGUCAAAAUUGGAUGAAGCGAAACAUUUACAACCUGUUCAGGGCAGCCCAAGUGAGGAGGACCUCAGGGAACAGUUAAGAGCAGAGCAGACCGCUCUCCAGCUCAAAGCAAGAGAGGUGCAGAACUUGGAGGACGAGCUGGGAGAACUGAAGAAGAAUUUGACGAGUAAAAGUGAGGAAAUUGUGCAGCUCAACUUGGAAUUGGCUCUUCAGAACCGCCAGAUCAGCGGCAGCAUCCAGGAGCUUUCUGCAGAGAAUGCUGACCUGAAGGCAUUUCUGCACAGCAAAGAGAAGGAGAUUCUUUCUUUGAGUGAGCAGAUUAAGGGAUUGCAGCAGGAGGUAGCGCAUGCGGUGGAGGCCCAGGUGAUGGGGGACACAAGCGCCGAAAUGGAGGAGCUCAAAGCCAUCAUCGACAACCUGUGUGAGAAUCACGAGCGCUUCCGAGCGAACAAGGCCGAAGAGAUUGAGCGGCUGCACGAGGUCAUUGAGAAGCUCCAGAAGGAGCUCUCUGUGCUGGGGCCUGCGCUCCACGAGCUCAGCGAUAGCCAGGGAGACUCUGACGGCUCCCAGGCUGAGAACCUCCAGCGCGAACUCGCCCAGGGUCUCUCCUCUGUCCAGGCCCGCGAGGAGAGGCUGCCGCUGCCUCCAGACGAGCUGGGCCAGCGCCUCCGGGACGAGAGCCAGUUCCGGCUGCGCGUGGCUGCCCUCGAGCAGGAGCUGCAGGGCAUCCGCGACGCCUCUGCCCAGCAGCUGACUCUGAAGGAGGCCGAAGCCAGGAAACUGGCCGCACUGGCCCGGCGGUGGAAGACUGCUGCACGCCAGAAGGAGGCUGAGGUGGAGGCUCUGAACGAAGAAAGAGGCGUGCUUUUGGCUGAGCUGGAGACACUCGUGAUGGCGUGCUCUCGCCUCGAGAAGGAGCUGGAGAGGAAGCGUCCGGCGGGCCCCCACGAGCCCCCAGAGCUGCAGAUGCUUCGUGCCCAGUGCGUUGGCCUGAACCUGAAGCUGCAGGCCCUCAGCCAGAGGCUGGUCACCUACCAGCUGGAGCUUGAUCAGCACCAGGCUUGCGGGCCCCAGUGCCGAGUGCAGGUCCAGAAGAACUUGAUGGAGCGGGAUGCUUUCCGUGUGCCCAGGACGCAGGGGCCUGGGUGGCUUCAGUCUGGAGCGCCUGCUCCCUCUCAGGAGGGUCACGGUGGCAUUUGGGUCUCUGAGGAAGGGUCCUGUGCUGCCGCCACCACAGAGGAAGAGUCUGACGAGGACCCAGGGCCCUGGGAGUCCACCGCUGCCCCUCCGGGGCAGAGGGGCGGGCCUGGACCGAGCCUAGCGGAGAAUCGGUCUCUGUGCGCCCCAGCGCCAGGCCUCGAGAGCAAGGAAAGUGGCCUUUCGGUCUUGACGGUCUGUCAGGAACAGCUGGAGUCUGAGUUACUCCUUAUGAAAGCUAAGAUGCAGAUGGGUGCCGAGGACCGCAGCAAACUGGUAGCGAGGAUGAAGAUCCAGCAGAAGCCGGUGGACGUCUGUCAGCUACAGAAGGGCGACCUCAUAACCCAAGUGAGGCAUAUUCAAGAGAAGCUGCAUCACCUCAUCCGCUCCAUAUCCUGCAGGGACAGCCACGUCCAAGUCUUGAGUCACGGCGCGCCACUGAGUCCCCCCCAGAGGCUUGGCAGUCACGUGCCGGGGCCCGCCUGGGGCCAGCCGGCGGCCGGCCAGAGCCCUCCUCCUCAGGGCCCCGUUUCCACCGUCCUCCAGCACUCCUGGACGUUGCACGACCGCACUGAGAGCCCAGAUCCUCCAGGGCAAGGCGGGCCAACGCCGACGCUUGACAAGACCCCGGAUGCUUGGCUGAGCAGCCCGUCGGACGCCGACCCCUCAACCCCCGACUUCUCCUGCUCUGAAGAUUGCGUGGCUGCUCAGAGAGCUCCGCCGUGCACGGAAACCCCAGGCUCUCCCCCUCCUGGAGGGUCUGCUCGGGGCUCCCCACCGUCUGCCCGGAGCGCAGAGGAGGCGUCGCAGGACGCGGAUCCCCUGGACGCUGUCCAGCACUUCAGAGAUACCAUCUUGGACAUGGACUCCUCGUCGCUGGGCUCCCCGGAGCUCGUGCGAAAAGACUCCACGCUGGACCGUCUGCCCAGCGUCCACCUGACGCCCCUCUCCCAAGCCGCUGACUUGCAGAGCCCUGACUCGGCCUGGAGGUCCUUGGGCCUGCAGGAUUCCUCGGGGUGCCUGGCUUUCCCUGCUCUCCCGGGCCUGGAAGCAAGCCCUCAGCCGUCUCUCACGGAAAAGGCACGGCCACGUGCCGGCCGUGCCACGGAAGCCACGGUGUCGGAGAAAGAUGUGGAAGAUUUCAUCCUAACACCAAGCAAUUCUCAAGAACACCUCGAAUCCGCAGCACCCGGCGAACGUGGGGAGAGCGAUGGCCAUGACAACAAGAGGAGUGCCGGUCUUCCAGACAAACUGAGGCAAGAUCCAGAAAGAUCAGAAGCUGCUGACACUCGCCUCGGGGCUCGCCAUCCACCUGGAAUGGUUCAGAGGCCCUUGAAACCCACCAAGGAUAAGGAAAUGCAGUCCAAACAGAUGAAGGCGUUACUGAAGAUGGUGUGUGACGAGAGCCAGCAGAUCCUGGUCUUGUCCAAGUGUGAAGCCCCCGCCUCGGACCUGGGCAGCGCCCUGCCGGCCCCCACCCCGGACUGCUUUCAGAAGGAGAGGCAGGGCUUGCUGGACGCCGUGCAGGCCCUCAAGGAGCACCUCACCAGAGUGCCAGCCCGAGGAGAAGAGAAGGAACCUUCUGACACAGGCUUUGACUGGGGAGGCGAGUUCCUGCAGGCUGUCCAGGAAGUCCUGGAAAAGGAGCGCAACAUGCUCAAGAUCGAACUCCAGUCCAAGCUGUGCAGCCUCGAUUCCGGAGACGAGAGAUCCCUGCUAGAGAAGCUGGAGGAUGUGGUCAAGGAGCAGGGAGAGCUGCAGAAGAGAACCUUAGAAAACCUUCACCUGACCGACCGCAGCAGCCUGCUGUCCGAGAUCCAGGGCCUGCGGGCCCAGCUGCGCAUGACCCACCUGCAGAACCAGGAGAAGCUGCAGCAGCUCUACGAGGCCCUCACCAACGUCGAGGACCACGGCAGCAAGCAGGAGUACCAGUUCCGGAGGCAGGUGGAAUUACUGGAAUAUAAAGUGGAGCAGGAGAAGUGCAUCGUGAGCGACUUGCAGAAGACUCUCACAGAGGAGCAGGAAAAGGCGACCGAGAACCAGAGGCUCCUGUUGGCCGCCCAGAACACAAGCCAGGAGCUCAAGGCCGAGCUCGAGGAGUGCCAGCAAGAGAAGGAGAGUGCGGCCCAGGCCCUGAGAGAAGCCCAGAAGGAGGCUGCCCACCUGAGAUCCCUGCUGGAAAACCAAGAGACAGACCUGAAGGCGGCCUUGGAUGCCCUGCAGAGCGAGAAGCAGAGAGGGAAGGAGCUGCAGGCCCUCGUGGAGGAAGGGCAGCGGCACAGCCUGGAGCAGGACGAACUGAGGGCCAAGGCCAUUGAGGAGCUGCAGGCAUCUCUGGACAAGCAGCGCAGCCAGAACGGGCAGCUGGCGGUGAGCCUCCAGCACGAGCAGACGGAGAAGGCGAACCUCAAGAAGGAGCUGCAGAUCGAGUACUCGCGCUGCGAGGCGCUGCUGUGCCAGGAGCGCGGGCAGGUGUGCGAGCUGCAGAGGGCGCUGGAGGCCGAGCGCGCGCACGCGGCCGAGCUGGCCGAGGCCCUGGGCCACGAGCGCCUGGUCACGGAGCGGCUGAGCAAGCGCGCGGGCGAGGCGAGCUCGCAGAAGGAGGCGCAGCUGCAGCAGGCCUUCGUGCGCAAGCUGAAGGAGGAGAAGGGCCGCGGCGCCGAGCUGCAGGUGCUGCUCGACGAGGCCCGGCAGCAGGCGCUGGCCGCCCAGAAGCAGCUCGAGCUGGAGGUGCAGGCGCACCGCGAGGAGAUGAAGAAGGAGAAAGAGGUGAGUGUGCUGCUGCAGGCCUCGGCGGACGCCCUCCACAAGCAGAAGCAGGAGCUGCUGCGCUACCUGGAGGAGGAGAGGGCCAAGCAGGGCAGGCUGCAGGCGGAGCUCGAGCAGCUCCAGCUCGGGCCCAAGGACGAGGCCGGCCCCGAGGCCAGGAGGGACAAGGACAGAAGGCGCGAGGCAGGCUCGGCAGAUGAGGACAAGAGCAAGAGGGGAAAGAAAGACAAAGAAAGGCUGGGCUGGCAGCGGGAGCUCGAGCUGCAGCGCCAGCGAGAUGAGCACAAGAUCCAGCAGCUUCAGCAGACCAUCAGCGAGCUCCAGAAUGACAAAGGCUUCGUGCCCAGCAGAGGCUGGCAGGAGUGCGGGGUCGGCGUGCCCCUUCCCCCCAACACGGAGAAGCUAAAGGAGCACCAGGAGCAGCUGCAGAGCGUCCGGCAGCAACUCCUCCACGCUGUGGCCCUUCUGACCAGCUUCAUGAACCAAACUGUCAACAGAACCAUCAAUGACUGGGCGUCAUCCAACGAGAAGGCCGUGACGUCCUUGCUGCUUACCCUCGAGGAGUUAAAGUCCGAGCUGAUGAUGACCCUCCCUCAAGUAAGUUCACACUGGAUGGGGGCGGGGGGAGGGGCGCGGGCUGGCCCUGCCCUCGGGGUCGCCAUGCGUUUGCACUCUGAAACCUGCUUCCCCCACUGUGGCACCAAAUGCUCUUGAGUGAGGGAAAUGCCUGUUAAGUCAGUCACUUGUUGGCAGGUUUGUGGUUUGUAAUUGGUGAAUUUGAAUUGGAUUUUGUCAUCAGUGAAUUCACGGUGGUGAUCUGGAAUUUGGGGCUUGUCAUUGGCAGCCUUUGUGGAUUCAGGAUUCCCCAAUAGUUCCGGCUCUGCCUGCCUCCCCCUGCCCCUCCCCAUUAUAAACGUUGCUGAUUACUCUUCCUUCUUGUAACAGUAAAGCAGACCAGCUUUGGGAUCUUCUCCUAACUCCAUCCAUAGCGCCUGCCCCCCACCUCUGUUUUAGAAGCCCAACAGGCCUCUCUGGAAAGAGAGUCACAUUUCUUGGAAGGGAAGCUCGCUGGGCCGCCCAAAUGCCCCCUGGGGCGGCCUCCUGCCUCCCCGCCCUGUCCAGGCCGAGGCCCUCCCCGCUCCACUUGUUCCCCUGCCUCAGUUUGCACGGGGUUUUCCGUGCCCGCUGCCCUUGGCCUUGUCUGCCAGGUUGGUGGCCCCCUUCCUCUCAAGCCUUUUGACACCAUUAGGAGAGCUUCAGCGAGCAUUUCCUUUUCCGGGAACCUUCCUGCCUGCUCUGCCCUCUCCGGGAUGUGGGCCUUGAGUGGGCGGAGCGACGCGUAACUAUGCCGCGCUGCCCGCUGCCACUCCGAGGGUGGGCAGUGCCAUCCCAGAAGUCCUUCCGUUUGCCAGAGGCUUGGCGCACCAAGACUGCUCAUUGCAGGGAGGCGCCUCUUCUUCCCUCAGACUUGCGUCCGUUCCUCAUAUAGCUUCGACAGGAAAUCUUUAGCAGAAAAAGUGGCCGCCAACAGGUUUUUCAGUGCUUUGCUUUUUUUCUUUGAACCCUCCCCUUCCGUCUGGGAGUCAGUGCUGUGUAGUGGGGCUGGGCCGUGGGGGUCAAGGGACUGGCCCAGGGUCACCCAGCUGGGAAGGGUCUGAGGCCAGACUGGAACCCAGGACCUGCCGCCUCUGGGCCCGGCUCUCCAUCCUCGGAGCCACCAGCUGCCCCUCGCUUUGCUUCCAGUAGUUGGCCUUGUGCAAAGGUUCUUUGAGUUUACAGUCGUCUCUCUGGGGCACUCUGGGGCGCUGCCACGUCCGUGACGGUCCCAGUCUUGAGGGCCCGCGACCCCACUGAGGAGGCCAUCGGUGCUGUCUGCCCAGAGCUGGCCUCCGGUCCCGUGGAGCCUCCCCCCCGAGCAGUGAGUGCUUGUGGGGGGGUCAGGAGGCCUCCUGUCUGUCACUCGUACCAGUGGGGCGUCGGGGGCUGCGGGGGAAGCUCUGCUGGGAACUGCCUCUGGCCUCUGCUGCCAAAGCCGGCAGGCCUGCUGUACGCGCAGCCGCUCUCUGCGGGGCCAGGGCCGGGAGCGGCCAGCCCGAGUGAGUGUCGCCCUGAGCCCGAGCACCGCGGUCCUUCCAGGCUGCCGGGAGGGGCCCAGGGACGGGGUUCAUUCUGGCUUCAGUUCGUCUUUUCUCUCCCUUAAAGCCUCACCUUCCACCUUAGAUUGAUGCUGUGUCCUGGCUCCGUGGCAGAAGGGCGUUGGGGCUAGGCACGGGGGCCAAGUGACUUGUCCAGGGUCCCACAGCUGGGAAGGGUCUGAGGCCAGACCGGAACCCAGGACGUUCCUUCGGUCUUGCCU